AUGGCUUUGCUUGCGCUUCUGCUAGCGGCUUGGGCGGCAGCUGUCGGCGCCGUCCCAACCCGGUCGGAUUGUACCUUUACAGACGCAGCCGAGGCUAUGAAGGAGAAGAACGCAUGCAGCACCAUACGGCUCCAUGAUCUUCAUGUCCCCGCUGGCGUUACUCUGGACCUGAGCAAUCUCAACGACGGCACGAAGGUCCUCAUCUCCGGACGCAUGAGGUUUGGCUUCAAAAACUGGCACGGGCCCUUGAUGUCGGUUUCCGGCAGAAACAUUCUCGUGCAGGGCCAAGCCUCGAGCGUCAUCGACGGCCAAGGCUACCGCUGGUGGGACGGAAAGGGCAACAACGGCGGAAAGUCGAAGCCCAGCUUGUUCCUGGCUAAUCACCUCGUCGAUUCCAGGAUCGAGUCGUUGAGCGUCUUGAACACGCCCGUCAACGCCUUUACCAUCACGCGCGCGGACAACCUCUACAUCCACAACGUCAGAAUCGACAACUCCCUAGGCGAUAAAAAGGGCGCGCACAACAGCGACGGCUUCAACAUUGGGCUAUCGACGGGCGUCUACAUUGACGGCGCGCGCGUGUACAACCAAGACGACUGUUUUGCCGCCAACUCGGGCACCAACAUCACCUUUAUCAACGGGUUUUGCGAGGGCGGCCACGGCAUCUCUGUGGGCUCCAUCGGCCACCGAUUGUCCAACGUCGUCAAGGGCGUUCGCGUCUUGAACUCCAAGGUUGUCAACUCGGACAACGGGGUUCGCAUCAAGACCAUUGCCGGCGCUUCCGGGUCUGUGUCCGAUGUGGUCUUUAAGGACAUUACCCUGUCUGGCAUUUCCAAAAACGGCAUUGUUGUGCAGCAGGACUACAAGAACUCUUCCCCCACGGGUGUUCCCACCUCUGGCGUGCCCAUCACCGAGCUGACGGUUGAGAAUGUGUCUGGGACCAUAAAGCCGGGUGGAACGAACGUCUAUAUCAUGUGCGCCUCUUGCUCGCAAUGGACUUGGGAGAACAAUAAUGUCACUGGUGGCGAGAAGAUCAAGGAGAACAAGGGCGUUCCACCAGAGAUCGAGCUGUGA